AUGGUUCACCUCCGAAUAGCGUUGGCACAAACUUCUCCCAUCUCAGCUCCUGAAGGGCCUCCAUCACACGAAAGACCCCUCUCGUCUUCUCCAUUCCCGACUUUGGAUCAUAACCUUCUCAAGGUCACUAAGGCGGUUCAGAAAGCUAGUGAGGAGAAUGCGGAUGUGGUCGUGUUUCCUGAAUACUUCCUCCAGGGCGUACUUAACAAUGGACGUCAAUAUUUGACCCUUCCCUCUUCUCACCUCCUGGACUUCGUCCAAUCACUAGCAAGGAUAUACAACAUCUGUAUCGUUGGAACUAUUGUUCAUGGUUCUACUCCGAUGAACGUCUGUCCAGAUAUCUCACCAUUCGAUCAUUUAUUUCCUCAUACAAAACCCUACUCACAGAUACAUCAACUGGAAGGAAACAUUACAUCAGCACAAAAACAAUGGGCAAAAUACCUUCAUCAUUUCCCUCCUACAACUGAAGAGACAUCUCAACCGUCUUUGAAAAACACCGCCUUCUUCAUCGAAGGAACCACCGGGAACGUACUUGGGACGUAUGUCAAACGUAAUCUCUGGCAUCCCGAGAGGAAAUAUCUACAAAAAGGAGACGAUCCUCACGAGGUUUUCAAUACGAAAUGGGGUAAAGCUGGACUUCUCAUUUGUUGGGAUAUCUCACAUCCUGAUGCUGCUCAAAUGUUAUCGGAUUUAGGAGCAGAUAUGAUCUUCGUACCGACCUACUGGUUGUCAACGGACAGUGAACCGUUAAUCCACCGACAUGACCAUCCUAAAAAUUACGAACUUUCCAUCCUUUCUUCUCUCAAUAUGACCAGAUCGUUCGAGACUGAAACAGCUUGGAUAAUGUGUAAUGCAGGAGGAGACGAGUUAGAGGGAUUCAUGGGCGGUAGUGGUGUCUGGGUUCCGUUCCUGGGUAAAUUAGGCGGGUUCGAUGGAUCUGAAGAAAAUGUUAAAGUGGUCGAUUUGGAUUUGGAUGUUUUGAAGGAUGCGAGAGAAACUUACAAAAUAAGACAAGAUUGGAUGUCACGAUCUGGAUCUUGA